AUGGAGUGCGAGAACGGACACGUCGCCGCCGCCAGGGGCAAUGGUGUCUGCCUGGCCACGCCGCGGGCGGCCGACCCCCUCAACUGGGUGAAGGCGGCCGAGGACCUGACCGGGAGCCACCUGGAAGCCGUGAAGCUGAUGGUGGAGGAGUACAGGAGGCCGCUGGUGAAGAUCGAGGGCGCCAGCCUGACCGUCGCCCAGGUUGCCGCCGUGGCCGCCGCCGGCGAGGCCAGGGUGGAGCUCGACGAGUCCGCGCGAGGCCGCGUCAAGGCCAGCAGCGAUUGGGUCAUGAACAGCAUGAUGAACGGCACCGACAGCUACGGCGUCACCACCGGCUUCGGCGCCACCUCCCACCGGAGAACCAAGGAGGGCGGCGCUCUCCAGAGGGAGCUCAUCCGAUUCCUUAAUGCCGGAGCGUUCGGGACCGGUGACGACGGCCACGUGCUGCCGGCGGCGGCCACGCGCGCCGCGAUGCUCGUCCGCAUCAACACCCUGCUGCAGGGCUACUCCGGGAUCCGCUUCGAGAUCCUGGAGACGAUCGCCGCGCUGCUCAACGCCAACGUGACGCCGUGCCUGCCGCUCCGGGGCACCAUCACCGCGUCGGGCGACCUGGUCCCGCUCUCCUACAUCGCGGGACUCGUCACCGGCCGGCCCAACUCCACGGCGGUGGCGCCCGACGGCAGGAAGGUGGACGCCGCGGAGGCGUUCAAGAUCGCCGGCAUCCAGCACGGCUUCUUCGAGCUGCAGCCCAAGGAAGGGCUCGCCAUGGUGAACGGCACGGCCGUCGGCUCUGGGCUCGCGUCGAUGGUGCUGUUCGAGGCGAACGUCCUCGCCGUCCUCGCCGAGGUCAUGUCUGCCGUGUUCUGCGAGGUGAUGAACGGCAAGCCCGAGUACACCGACCACCUGACCCACAAGCUGAAGCACCACCCGGGGCAGAUCGAGUCCGCGGCCAUCAUGGAGCACAUCCUGGACGGCAGCUCCUACAUGAUGCUCGCCAAGAAGCUCGGCGAGCUGGACCCGCUGAUGAAGCCGAAGCAGGACAGGUACGCGCUCCGCACGUCGCCGCAGUGGCUGGGCCCUCAGAUCGAGGUCAUCCGCGCCGCCACCAAGUCCAUCGAACGCGAGAUCAACUCCGUCAACGACAACCCGCUCAUCGACGUCUCCCGUGGCAAGGCGCUCCACGGCGGCAACUUCCAGGGCACCCCGAUCGGCGUGUCCAUGGACAACACCAGGCUUGCCAUCGCGGCGAUCGGCAAGCUCAUGUUCGCGCAGUUCUCGGAGCUGGUGAACGACUUCUACAACAACGGCCUGCCGUCCAACCUGUCCGGAGGGCGCAACCCGAGCCUGGACUACGGCUUCAAGGGCGCCGAGAUCGCCAUGGCGUCCUACUGCUCUGAGCUCCAGUUCCUGGCCAACCCCGUGACCAACCACGUCCAGAGCGCGGAGCAGCACAAUCAGGACGUCAACUCCCUCGGCCUCAUCUCGUCCAGGAAGACCGCCGAGGCCGUCGACGUACUGAAGCUCAUGUCGUCGACGUUCCUGAUCGCGCUGUGCCAGGCCGUGGACCUGCGCCACCUGGAGGAGAACCUGAAGAGCGCCGUGAAAAGCUGCGUGAUGACGGUGGCCAAGAAGACACUGAGCACCAGCGCCACGGGGGGCCUCCACAGCGCGCGCUUCUGCGAGAAGGACCUUCUCACGGCGAUCGACCGCGAGGCGGUGUUCGCUUACGCCGACGACCCCUGCAGCGCCAACUACCCGCUGAUGCAGAAGAUGCGGUCGGUGCUCGUCGAGCACGCGCUGGCCAACGGCGAGGCCGAGCGCAACCCGGACACCUCGGUGUUCGCCAAGCUCGCCACGUUCGAAGCGGAGCUCGGCGCGGCGCUGCCUCGGGAGGUGGACGCGGCGCGCGCGGCCGUGGAGAACGGCACCGCCGUGAUCCCGAACAGGAUCGCCGAGUGCCGGUCGUACCCGCUGUACAGGUUCGUGCGCGAGGAGCUCGGCACGGAGUACCUGACCGGGGAGAAGACGAGGUCGCCCGGCGAGGAGGUGAACAAGGUGUUCGUGGCGAUGAACCUGGGCAAGCACAUCGACGCCGUGCUCGAGUGCCUCAAGGAGUGGAACGCACCAUUGCCCAUGUUUGCAGUGGCAGCCCCUGGAACUAGUGUUCAUAACAGGCGCAUCGUACUUCUAAACCAGUCGUAG